GUGUAUGCGCUCUGCAAACCCUCUCUCGUCAUUCUCGUACAGACGUUCAUCAGUCCUACAGCAGGAUGGCGGAGCCCCGUGGAAUCCUGAUAAAAGGAGGCAAAGUUGUGAACGAAGACUUCUCUGUGAUCUGUGACGUCUAUAUUGAACAUGGGAAAAUAGUGGACGUUGGGCUGAAUCUUCACAUUCCAGAGGGAGUGAGAAUUAUUGAUGCCGGUGGUAAACUGGUGAUCCCGGGCGGCAUUGACACACACACACACAUGGAGCUGGCGUUCAUGGGCACAAAGGCUGUGGAUGACUUCCAUAUUGGAACAAAGGCUGCUCUAGCAGGAGGGACCACGAUGAUCGUGGACUUUGUCAUCCCCCAAAAAGGCAAGUCUCUUCUGGAGGCCUACAACUCUUGGCGCAAGACGGCGGACAGCAAAGUGUGCUGUGACUACUCAUUGCAUGUCGCUGUCACGUGGUGGAGUGACCAGGUGAAGAAAGAAAUGGAGAUUAUUGCCAAAGAAAGAGGGGUGAAUUCCUUCAAGAUGUUUAUGGCCUAUAAAGACGUGUUCAUGCUGCGGGAUUCGGAACUUUACGCUGCCUUUUCGCAAUGUAAGACCAUUGGUGCAAUAGCUCAAGUGCAUGCUGAGAAUGGAGACCUGAUUGCUGAGGGGGCUAAGAAGAUGCUGUCCAUGGGCAUCACAGGGCCUGAGGGUCACGAACUGUGUCGGCCGGAGGAGGUCGAGGCUGAGGCCACCCAGAGAGCCAUCACCAUUGCCAGUGCUGUCAACUGCCCUCUCUAUGUGGUCCAUGUCAUGAGCAAAUCUGCCGCCAAGGUGGUGUCCAAUGCACGCAGAGACGGGCGAGUCGUGUUUGGAGAGCCCAUUGCAGCCGGACUGGGAACCGACGGGAGUCACUACUGGCACAAGGACUGGGCCCAUGCAGCUUCAUUCGUCAUGGGUCCUCCCCUUAGACCUGACCCCAGCACUCCUGGCUACCUCAUGGAUCUGCUGGCCAAUGAUGACCUCAGUGUGACGGGGACCGACAACUGUACUUUCUCAGUGUGUCAAAAGGCCCUCGGAAAAGACGACUUCACCAAGAUCCCCAACGGGGUGAAUGGCGUGGAGGAUAGGAUGUCCGUCAUUUGGGAGAAGGGAGUGCACAGCGGCAAAAUGGAUGAGAAUCGAUUCGUAGCUGUCACCAGCAGCAACGCAGCGAAAAUCUUCAACUUCUACCCUCAAAAAGGCCGGAUCGCCAAGAACUCAGAUGCUGAUGUGGUUAUUUGGGAUCCCAAGUCAUCAAGGAAAAUAUCAGCCAAGACGCACCACCAGGCUGUGGACUACAACAUCUUUGAGGGCAUGGAGUGUCAUGGAGUGCCGGUGAUCACCAUUUCCAGGGGCAAAGUGGUCUACGAGGACGGACAAUUGAAGACGACACCUGGCUGGGGCAGAUUCAUCCACAGAAAACCCUUCUCUGAAUUUGUCUAUAAAAGAAUCAAGCAGAGGGACCAGGUGGGCCAACCUAUCGCUGUGAUCAGACAGCCAUAUGACGGAAAAGUCAUUUCUGUGUGAACAAGUGAAAGCUACUACACGAAAGCUAGUUGGAGUCUGUCUUUAUGUCCUUGCACACACACCGCCGUCAGCGCCUGAACAAGUCAACAAUUUUUCUCCAAUACAAAUAGCAAUACCUACACAUUUUAGAUACAGUACUGUACAUCAAGAUUUGUGCAAUUUGUUGUUAUUUUAAUAAAUCUAUCCAGCUAGGAGCAGAUGGAUUUAGGUCAAUUCAGCAUCAAGGUAAAUGUCAUGGUAUGUGCUUUUAACAGCUUUGUAAAAUUAAAAUGAUCACUAUCUUUAUUAUAUUUGCAAAAAAAUAAAAGUGGAAGUGGCUAACAGGAAACUGUUGUUUUAUCCUUUAUACUGCACUAUUAUUGUUUUACCCAAUGAACACUUGCCUGAAAUGGUUGUUGUUGUCUCAACCUUUGUAUUUAAUGGAAGAGUCAUUUCAUAGACUUGGAGAAACAGUUCAUCGACUGACAGUAAUUAGAUUUUCGUUGACCCACAAUGACUCUGCAUUUGCAUAUUCAGCAGGAUGGCACAUUAUCACAUCCACUCCAUCUAUGCCCAUAAAUGGAGCGCAGUCCUUCCCUCCCGUGGUAAAAAAAAGUCUGCGGCUGUCUGCGAGCAUCAUGUGGGAGCUUGCUGUCGGGCUGGCAUGCUGACGUGGUUUUCUGCCACGGGGCCCGCUGAGACAUAAUGUGAGUUUAUCAGGUUGCCUUACGGGUCAGUGGCAGCGUGUGACUCACACAAGGCCUAUGCUUUCUUCAGCUGUACCACUUCCUCUUACGGUUGACUAUGGAAAUGAUAGUGCCACUCAGGAAAGAAGGAAUGGCACAGUUGAGUCCCGUAAAAUAGAUUCUGAAGCUACGGUAUGCGAUUUACAGCACCGUGAAAGUAUGAGACACUAUACAUUAUACAGCAUGUGUUCAUUAAACAUUUGCUAAAACAAAAAAACUCCAGUAUUUCAGAUUUACUGUAGAUGUAUUAUAGUUUUGCACAUGACUGUACUAUGUAAUACAUGUGCAUGUAUAAUUUAACAUACUGCAAAUAGGUCCUGUUUACAGUUUAAUGUAGUCAAUGAUAAAUGAAACAAAAACUUCAUAAAAGUAUUUUGGGCGACUUUGCGUAUCAUGAAAAGCGCUAUUUAAGUCCCAUGUCAUGGUCUAUGUUUUGGUUUGGGUUGUUUCAUGUUUUCCUGUGUUCCAUAUUUUUCUUGUGUGCUCCUUUAGUUAUCGUAUCCACUUGUUCUCAUCAACUUUCGACCUUGUGUCGACCAAUCAGCUCCCUCCAGCCACUCGUGUCUUGUCCAGGUGUUCCUCAUUGCCUCGUCAAACUGUUUGUGUUUAGUUGCCUGGUUUCGUUCAGUUCUUGGCGCUUCAUUGUCGUUGUCAGGUGUCUUUUUCUCCGUCUGUGCCACGUCUUAUUUACCAGUCAUGUUUUGUUUCCAGUUUUAGGUUUAUUCAAGUGUUUCUUUGUUACUUUGGUUAUCUUUUGUGGGACUUUGUUUAGUUUGCUUUAUCCAUGUUCCUUGUUUGCCCUUUUUUUGGAAAUGAAAUACAAUUUUUGAGACUCCUGCA